CAGCAGCUCCUUCAGCACCCUGAAAGCUCCCUCCCUGUUCCAGAGCUGUAGCGCGCACAGGCCUCACCAUGCUUCUGCUGCUGGGAUUGUGCCUGGGGCUGCCCCUCUUCUCGAAGUCCCAGGAAGAGGCUCGGAGCUGGGAUGACGCCGCGGUGCAAGUCUCACUCAGGGUCCCCAGGCAACUCAGGCUGCUGCAAAGGCUGAAAGCCAAGCCCUUGAUGACGGAGUUCUCGGUGAAGUCGACCAUCAUUUCUCGCUAUGCCUUCACCACAGUUUCCUGCAGAAUGCUCAACAGGGCUUCUGAGGACCAGGAUGUGGAGUUCCAGAUGCAGAUUCCAGAAACAGCGUUCAUCACCAACUUCACCAUGCUUAUCGGAGACAAAGUGUAUCAGAGUGAAAUUGUAGAGAAAGCAAAGAAAAGCCGUGAUAGGAUAGAAGAAAAAAGAAACAAAACCACAGACAAUAAUGAGGAGAAAGGGGCUGACAUGUUCAGAGCUUCCUUAGUGAUUCCCAGCAAGGACAAAGCUGCUUUCCUCCUCAGUUAUGAGGAACUUCUGCAGAGGAGGCUUGGGAAAUACGAGCAUUCCAUCAGCGUGCGCCCCCAGCAGCUGGUGGGGAGGCUGACUGUGGAGGUGAAUGUUCUGGAGAGGUCGGGCAUCUCGGCCUUGGAGGUGCUGCCUCUUCACAACAGCAGGAAGAAGGGCAGUGGGACAGCAGAAGGCAACUCGGGUCCUCCCCCUUCUACAGUCAUCAACCAAAAUGAAACUUUUGCCAAAGUUAUUUUUAAGCCGACUGUGGUCCAACAAGCUAAGAUUGCCCAGAAUGGAAUUUUGGGAGAUUUCAUCAUUCGAUAUGAUGUCAAGAGAGAGCAGAGCGUUGGUGACAUCCAGGUUCUGAAUGGUUACUUUGUGCACUACUUUGCUCCCAAAGACCUCCCUCCUCUACCCAAGAAUGUGGUCUUCGUGCUUGACAUCAGUGCCUCCAUGGUGGGAGCUAAACUCCAGCAGACCAGGGAAGCUCUCGUCACAAUUCUCAAUGACCUCCGACCCCAGGACCAUUUCAAUAUCAUUGGGUUUUCCAACCGGAUUAAAGCGUGGAAGGACCACCUGCUGCCAGUGACUCCCGAAAACAUCAGGAGUGGCAAACUCUAUAUCUACCACCUGUCACCCACUGGAGGUACAGACAUCAAUGGGGCCCUGCAGAAGGCCAUCAAACUGCUCAACAAUUAUGUAGCCCAGAAUGACAUUGAAGAUCGGAGUGUGUCCCUCAUCGUCUUCCUCACGGAUGGGAAACCCACCUUCGGGGAGACCAAUACCCUGAAGAUUCUGAGCAACACCAAAGAAGCCACUGGAGGUCAGAUCUGCAUCUUCACCAUCGGCAUCGGCAAUGACGUGGACUUCAAACUGUUAGAGAAACUGUCGCUGGAGAACUGUGGUCUUACACGACGCGUUCAUGAGGAGGAGAAGGCAGGAGAACAACUCAUUGGGUUCUAUGAUGAGAUUCGGACCCCGCUUCUCUCUGACAUUCGCAUCGAUUAUCCCCCGGAUGUAGUGGAGCAUGCCACCAGAACCCUGUUUCCCAACUACUUUAAUGGCUCCGAGAUCAUCAUUGCUGGGAAGAUGGUAGACAGGAAGUUUGAUCAGUUCCACGUGGAGGUCACUGCAAGCAACAGUAAGAAAUUUGUCAUCCUGAAAAAAGACAUCCCCGUGGAGUCUCAAAAGCUGGGGAAUGACGUCACAGUGACCCCUGGGCCUACCAGUGACGGUGGGAAGGACCCCAACCACAUCGAGCGCCUUUGGAGCUACCUCACUGUGAAGGAACUGCUGAGCUCCUGGGUGCAGAGCAGCAGCGAGCAAGAGAAGGAGCAGCUGAGGCAGAAGGCCCAGGCUUUAGCCUUGAAUUACCACUUCCUGACCCCCUUCACCUCCAUGAAGCUGAAGAAGCCAGGCCUCCACACAGGGGGGCUGGAGGAGAGCCGUGGCAUGUCUGCAGUCACAGGCCCUGAGACGGUGGUGCAGAGCCUGCGAGGAGCCGACGUGCAGCCAGGACCUGCUCUCAAGAAAUCAUAUAGCCCAAGAAUUAAAAUCACUAAAACAUCAGUGGAUGGUGAUCCCCAUUUUGUUGUGGAUUUCCCCUUAAGCAAACUCACUGUCUGCUUUAACAUUGACGGAGAGCCUGGGGACAUCCUGCGGUUGGUCUCUGAUCACCUGGACUCUGGUGUGACUGUGAAUGGAGAGCUUAUUGGGGCCCCAGCGCCUCCAAAUGGUCACAAGAAACAGCGCACAUACUUCCGGACCAUCACCAUCCUCAUCAACCAGCCAGAGAGAUCUUACCUUGAGAUCACACCGAACAGGGUCAUCCUGGAUGGCGGAGAGAGGCUGGUCCUCCCCUGCAACCAGAGUGUGGUGGUAGGGAGUCGGGGACUGGAGGUGUCAGUGUCUGCCAACGCCAAUGUCACUGUCACCAUCCAGGGUACCAUUGCCUUCGUCAUCCUCAUUCACCUCUACAAAAAGCCAGCACCCUUCCAGCGAAACCACCUGGGCUUCUAUAUUGCCAAUAGCAAAGGACUUUCCAGCAAUUGCCAUGGCCUAUUAGGUCAGUUCCUGAACCAGGAUGCCAAACUUAUAGAAGCUCCUGCAGUGCCUGGCAAGAAUCUCAGUAAUCAACCAUUUCCGGCAGAAGGGGUGCCUGAGGCUAUCCUAAAUGUGAAGGGGCGCCGAGUGCCAGUGGUCUGGAAACAAAGGAAGAUUUACAAUGGGCAAGAGCAGGUAGACUGCUGGUUUGACAGAAACAACGCUGCCAAGCUGAUUGACGGGGUGUAUAAGGACUACUUGGCGUCUCAUCCAUUUGACACGGAGAAUACACUGGGCCUGAGAAAGUCCCGGAGAGCUGAGACUGGCAGUCUUCUUGAAGAGAGAGUCUAACAGGGAAGUGACUUUGGGUCUACUCUGGAUGCAGCUUGCCUAGUUACCUGCACCUGCCUUAGCCCUUGCUAUGAGCUGCACUCUGUAGCCUGCCCCCUGGUGGAGUGGAGGUCCAAUGUCUGCUAGAGCAAUGAGUCGGGACAGGAAGCCGGAGUGAAAAUGCUACAUUCUACCUCCCCUUCCUACCUUCCUCACCCCACCUCUAACAGACAACAAUGAUAGCACCAAGAGGAGAGGAGGUCUAAUUAAGUAAAAUUGUGUAGCACCUGGAUUGACUACAUUUUAGUCUACUGUAAAGUAAGACUUUCUGAGGGUUGCCGUGGAAUUUCGUUUUUUUGAAACAGUGUCUGAGUUUGGACAUUCUGCUUUUUGCCCUAUAUUCAUGCUUAGGAAUCUCUUCAGUUCCCUUUUUCAGAUGGUGCUCUCAACUUCUCUCAAGGUCAUUUACAUUGAGGCCAGGCCACCAGUCUUGCAAAUCAGUAAUCCACAUAUUGGUUCUCUCUUUUCUUAGCAAAAGACUGUUUUUUUUCUGUUGUGAAAUCUUACCUUUAAAAACUAGUCUCUAUUGUAAAAAUUUGGUUAAAAAUAGGAAAAUCAAUAUCUCAGAUCCUAAUCUCUUCCUGACUGGCUUUCCAGGUCUCUUGACCUGGCUGGUAGGUGCUUUCCAUUUAUUCUAAUAAGCUAAUUGCUUUUAAUAAAUAGGAAAACUCCCUGUGGGUGAUUUUUACUGACCUGUCUUGAUGCUGGGAAGCCCGCUAGUUGAAAGAUAAAUCUUUUGCUCAGAGCACUUCAGCUUUUUCUGUAAGUCCAACACCUUGUGGUUUUGCCUUUGGAUAUCCAGGAAUUAGUAAAUUUUAUGAGAACAACGCUGGCAGCAGAGAGAGACCCAGCCUAGGGUGAGCACGUCAGCCUACCUGUGGGAAGAAUCGACUUUACAUUCUCGGAAAGAAAGUGGAUCCAUGCCGGCAAGCAUGGCUGUUGCUCCAUGAACUAGCAACAGCGCUGGAUACCUGCACAAGACAGGGCCCCUCAAUAUUCCAUCCACGAUGGGCGGGGUCAUGAGGCCCCACUCCUGCAGAAAGAGCUAUGGGCAGUUAGUAAUUGCUUGAGAAAGGGGUGUCGUGUUUCUCAGUUGUAAUAUCUGCUGGUAAGGUACCUUUGCUCAAGAAAAUAACCACCAGUUUACAAUAAGCAACUACCCUAAUUGAAUACAGUGACUCACAUCCACGUAAGAGAAGGGAAAAUAGGAGGGGAUUCAUGGGAACGAAGGAAGCCGGAAGAGAAGAUCACAGGAAGUGGCUGAGUGGGAUCAGAGUUCAUUAGGGAUAUGGCUGAAAUGGUGAAUGAAUACACUAAAUAAAAGAAAAUCUAAGAACAAUUCCCAGUCUCAGGUGGGCACAAGCUAGGAGGUCAGUGUGAGCUUUAGUUGUCGGACUUAGAUGGCUCUCAGUCCCCUAAGGAAAAGGUUGCAGUCGGGAGGCUUCAAAAGAUGAGCAAGUGUAGCUUUAUCACGACUCUCCUCCAACAAGCCUGCCCAUUGCAUCCAAGAGCAAGGAAGAUGCAGGAGCACCCGGAGCCGCCAUCCUUCCACGCCGUGCCGUUCUUUGCUGUGCUUGGGCUUCUCAGGGCUCAUGUGUGAGGGGCCGGCAUGGAAGAGGGUGAGCAAGCAGUGGUGGAAACGAACAAUGGAGGAAGGCAAAGAACGUGCCUGGGGGAAAUGGAGUUUUGAUGUGGACCGGAAUGAAGGGCUCUGUGCUGUCCCCCACAGAAGGUUUCUCCCAUCAGGCACUGCGCCAAAGCGACCUCUGAAGUGAAACAGGAAGGCUGCUUGGCACUCGUAGGGAAAUUCGCAUCAAGAAAAUUGUUCUCCUUCCUGUGGGAAGCAUUUGGGGAGCACAAUGGCAUCCACAUGUUCCUGUCUGACCCCACAGCAGCCGCAAGAGCCAGCUAGGGCUGCGUGAGUCUCUUUCUCUCUGGUCCAUGAACCACCAGACCACAGCGGGUCAGCUGUGCUAUUUAUCUAACUCGCAGCGUUCCCAGGCUCAUCUGUCCAUUUUCAAGCCAGGAGAGCAAAGAUGAGCAACCCGUGUGGCUGCCAGAUGUUUCCAUCUUUUCAGGCUUAGAGUAAGAGAGGAUCUCAGGGACCAAUGCUGGUCCCAUUGCAUGUUCCAGGGACUUUCUUAUUACAUAAAUCCCAGCUGGAGAGACAGCUCUGGAGCCAGGGGUAGGCGGUAAGGGUAGGAAUGGGAGGGGCAGCCCAGGGAUGGGAGGGCCAGCCCACCAGCCCAGUGGGCUGCACUCAGAGCGAUGAUAGGGUGUGUCGUUCUCCAUGUUGGCUUCACCGCUGACAGAAGGAUAUCAUUAGGCAAGAGCAGUUUCUAGGCCUUUUGUCUAAGAGUAGAAGCGCACGGAAGAUGCCAGGGAGACGCCCACCACUCACUGCCCAUCACUCCCUCUCCUUUCUAGCAAAGAAAUCAAAUUAAAAGGUGAUGGAUUUCACAUAGAAGUUACUUUUUUUAACUUUAGAUAGAUAUUUCACAACAGUUUUCUCUCUCUCUCUCUCUCUCUCUCUCUCUCUCUCUCUCUCUCUCAUUUACUACUCAAUAAUCUAAAUUAUCUGAUAAAGCUAGGAACCACACAACAAGAGAGCUUUCAUUUGACUAGGCGGGAGUGCGUGCUGUGGAUAGAAAACUCAAGUGACAGCAAAGGAGAGGACGGUGCUUCCAAAGGGGACCCGAGGCAGCUGAGCUACUUCCUUCAAGCUAUAUAAGACAUAAAACAGAGGUGGAGCUGAACCAUGGAAUUCACAUGCUAGAUUUGAUAUUUUUUUCAUUUCGUCAACCAUUUAUUUUCCUUGAGUGUUUUGUAAAAGCUCGAGUGGAAGGUUACUAAACAAGCAAUUGACUGGGCUGGAGGAAAAUCUUCAAGUUAAAUGAGAUAAAUCAAGCGGUUACUGCAGUGGCUAGCGCUAAUGAACUGAAUUGUUGGUUAAAGUCAGGCUCUGGCUUCCAGCCACCACCCCCUCCUUUUUUUAAAUGAAGAAAGGCAUAGAAAUGGGUCAUGUUGAAGAGUCGUCUCAUUAAAAUUUCAUAUGAAAUGAUCUGAAUGCCCCUAUCCACCCAUCCCAUGGAAGCUGAGGAUGUUUGGCAGGAUGAAGCAUCGUGACAUCCCUUGUGAGAGCCCAGAAGUCACUGUGAUGAUGCAGGAAGCUGGGAAUGGGGACAAAAGCUCAUGGUUCUUAUUAGGAGUCAGAGUCAACAUUUACCUAGCUCUCAAGAGGCAGAGUCAGGUAGAACUAUGAGUUUGAGGCCAGCCAGGUCUACAUAGUGAGUUAUAGGACAGCCACAGAGAGGGCUAUGUUGAGAACCUGUCUCAAAAAAAUCACUGCAUACGUGAGCGUGUGUGUGUGUGUGUGAGCGUGCGCGCACGCGCAUGUGUGUUAUAAGCUGAACUGUGUGUCCUCACAAAUAGAUCAGAGCAGGGUUCUUUGGAGGAAUGAAUGCUGUGGAUUGAAAGCAUCUUUCCAAAGUUCACAUGCUUAAGUGUACAUCCGCACUGUGAUGGCCCCUGCAGGUGGAAUAUUUCAGCAGGAAUCAGAUCCCGGGAAUAAAGGCCUUGUGAAGUGGCUUAGAGUGUUGGUGAGCAGAGGAGCAGAGACAUACCACAGGAGGGCCUGGUGGGAGAGAGAGAGAUGGGAAUGACAUAAAUACAGUACUUAUAUAUGAAAUUCACACACAAAAAAAUCAUUGUUAAAAAUAAGCAAGGGACUGAUUUGGUCAAGUGUUCACCUUGCAAGCAGAAGAAACUAAGUUCAGUCACCAGAACUCAAAAGAUGUCAGGCAUGGGGAUGUACAUCCUUGAUCUCAUACUGGGGAGGCUGAGGUACGUGGAUCCCUCUGGCUUGCUGGUCAGUCAGUCUAGUGGAUUUGGAGAAUUCCAUGCCAGUGAGAGAUCUGUUCUAAAAGAGAAAAAAAAAAAGGCAUCUGCAGAAUGGAAACCAAGGUUAUCUCCUGCUCUCCACCUGUGCAUGCACACUAGGACACAUAUGUGCACCUACACAUAUGAACACACAGACAAAAGACAUGAAAGGCAUGAAGCUGCUUCUCUUUGUUAUGCAAAAAUAUAACACAAAGGUGUCCGUGGGGGAAGCCAGGAACCACAGCAGACACCAGAUCAGUGCCUUGAUUCGUGUCUUCUCAGUCUCCAGACCUGUAAGCAACAAAUACUUUUGUUUAAAACAACCAAUUUAUAGUAUUCUUCAUAUAGUAACCCAGGCUUGCUGAAACAAUAAAGCAUCAAAAGUACAAGUUUUCACCUCUAUUUGGGCUACCCAGAAUGUAAAAGCAAUGCUGCUGUUAAGAUCAGAAAGACUCCUGGAAGCAUAAGGACACGAUCCAGCUAAAAUAAACAGCAAUUACAAUAACACAGCUAACCAAAUACUUAGAGAUGCAAUGUUAAAUAUUUAUUUUAGCCUGUUUUAAAUAAGUAGGGUACAGAUUGUCCACAUCUCAAGGGGCUUUGUUUCUUAAGAGCUUGUAAGAAAAUGAUGUCUAAAAGCAAACAGCGUAGUAUGUUUAUUUUUUAAGGGAAAACACAACCAGGGCUACUGAGAAUAAAACUUGAUAAUUCUAACCGCACUGCUUGUCUGUAGAAAGUUCUGAACUACAGUCCUGAACAUAAGAUUCUUGUGUCAGUGAUGGACCAUAUAUGUGACAGUGGUCAUGUAAGAUUAUAAGAGAGUUAAAAAUUCUAUUGCCCAGUAUUGCUACUGUAUUUUAAUAUCUAUAUGUAUUCAUAUGCACAGAUAUUUAUCAUUGCAUUUUAGUUGUUUAAAGGAUUCAUAUUCAUAGUCGCAGCUAUACAUGUUUGUAUUCCAGAAGCAAUAAGAUAUGCCAUGUAGCAUUGGUGAAUAAUAAACAAUUC